AUGAACUCUGCCGUCACCAGCUGUGAGCACCCCGACCCCUUGCAGAGGAGUGAAGACGUGCUCACAUUCCAUGAUGCUGGCCAAAGCGGGAAGAAGGAGGGCCAGCACGGGAGUCACAGCAGCAGCCACCUGGCCUAUGGCAUCUUGGAAGUCCCACCAUGGCAUCUCUGCAUCUUCCUGGGGAUCCAGCACUUCCUCACGGCCCUGGGGGGCCUCGUGGCAGUGCCGCUCAUCCUGGCCAAGGGCCUGUGUCUGCAGCAUGACCCUCUCACCCAGAGCUACCUCAUCAGCACCAUUUUCUUCGUCUCCGGCAUCUGCACGCUCCUGCAAGUGUGUUUAGGGGUCAGGCUGCCCAUCCUCCAGGGAGGGACGUUUUCUUUUCUGGCACCCUCCCUGGCCAUGCUGUCUCUGCCCACCUGGAAGUGUCCCGACUGGACACGCAACGCCAGCCAGGUGAACGCCAGCUCUCCUGAAUUCACCGAGGAGUGGCAGAAGAGGAUGCGGGAGUUGCAGGGCGUCAUCAUGGUCGCCUCCUGUUUCCAGAUGCUCGUGGGCUUCUCGGGACUCAUGGGCUAUCUCAUGCGCUUCAUUGGCCCCUUGACCAUUGCUCCGACCAUCUCCCUGGUGGCCCUGCCUCUCUUCGAUUCUGCGGGCAGUGACGCCGGGGCCCACUGGGGGAUCGCCACCUUGACCGUCUUCCUCAUCACGCUCUUUUCUCAGUACCUGAAAAACACUGCGGUGCCCGUGCCCAUUUAUGGACGACGGAAGGGGUGUCACAUCUCUAAGUUUCACCUGUUUCAGGUCUUCCCUGUGCUGCUGGCGCUCUGCCUCUCGUGGCUCCUCUGCUUCGUGCUCACAGUGACGAACGCCCUCCCCUCGGCCCCCACGGCCUAUGGGUACCUGGCCCGCACCGACACCAAAGGCAACGUCCUGAGCCAGGCCCCUUGGUUUCGCUUCCCUUAUCCAGGACAGUGGGGCCUCCCCACCAUCAGCCUGGCUGGGGUCUUUGGGAUCUUCGCUGGGGUGAUCUCCUCCAUGGUGGAGUCGGUAGGCGAUUACUACGCCUGUGCCCGGCUGGUGGGGGCCCCGCCCCCGCCGAAGCACGCCAUCAACCGCGGCAUCGGCAUCGAGGGCCUCGGCUGCCUGCUGGCAGGGGCCUGGGGGACAGGGAACGGCACCACCUCCUACAGCGAGAAUGUCGGGGCACUGGGAAUCACCAGGGUGGGGAGCAGAGUGGUGAUUGUCGCCGCGGGCUGCGUGAUGCUCCUGAUGGGCGUGUUUGGGAAGAUUGGGGCUGCGUUUGCCACCAUCCCAACCCCCGUGAUCGGAGGCAUGUUCCUCGUGAUGUUCGGGGUCAUCACCGCCGUGGGGAUUUCCAAUCUGCAGUACGUGGACAUGAACUCGUCCAGGAACCUCUUUGUCUUUGGCUUCUCCAUCUUCUGUGGGCUCACCAUUCCUAACUGGGUGAACAAGAACACUGAGAAGCUUCAAACAGGGAUUCUCCAGCUGGACCAGGUCAUCCAGGUGCUGCUGACCACGGGCAUGUUCGUCGGUGGAUUUCUGGGCUUCCUACUGGACAACACCAUCCCUGGGAGUCUGGAGGAGAGAGGCCUCCUGUCAUGGAAUCAAAUGCAAGAGUCUGCGGAGACGACGAAGGUCUUGGAGAUCUACGGAUUCCCUUGCGGGAUUGGCACCCAGCCCUGCGCUUCCUCCUGGACCCGGUGUCUCCCCUUCUGGCCCAGACUGGAAGGCGGUGGGAAAGGAGAGAUGGGAAUGAGCCAGCUCACACUCUGCUCCCAGGAUCCCUCAGGAGAUCGCCCGAGGGGAGCCCCAGAAACCAGGAUGUGA